CUCUGGUUUGGAGAGAGCUGUGAGAGACUCUGCAGCAGGGGUUCCCAGUACUGGUCCAGGGUGCCCACACACCUACAGUUCUUCAUCCCAGCUUGGCUUCAUUCCACCAGCGAAGCCUGAAUUGAACAAGCGAAUUGCUGGUUUGGGAUAUGGGCUGUAAGUUUUUUUUUUCUUCUACUCUGAAGGCUAUGCAUUUUGUUUCACUUCUGAAAUGCGAUAUUUAAAUGGCAACCUCUAACACGUUUUAAUGCUGAAAUCCAUUAAAACAGCUCAAACGGAUCUCAGUGUGCAGUGUAGGAAGAGCUGAGAGCUGGCCUUGAAGAAAACCCAGUGAGAGAGGGCGUCCGGUCCCAGACAGCGUGAGGGCUCUUCAUUGCCAGCGUCCUACAUACAGACAACGUGCGCCAUUUAUCAUCCUAUCUGGAGCUGGUGCUGCACUCCAGACACCCUUCCCGAAGUUAUUAAGACCCCCUUUACCGUCUGCCCUCGUCUUAUUGAAACACUCCCGAGUUUCGCUUUGCAGAAAUCCGGGGUCCUGGCGCCUUCUGAGGGACGCAUCCCAGCGAGAACGUCGAAUUCCAGGCCAGCAGAAACAAGAUAUUCCUCCGCCACUGGGGUUUAAAACGCUGCAAUACACGCAGAGGACGUGAGGGUUUCUUGUUCGUUUGGUUUUUGUUACAGCCGCUCGAACUCCGUCACUGAAGCCGGCUAGCGGGGCCCUGUACUGCGACAGUGGGCGACCCGCAAACACCUGGCGUCGCCUCUACAUCCGCUGGCCACUGCACCUGUCCCAGUAGCCUCUCGGCUGGGCUAAAUCCGUCUAGAAAUUACCCCUAUUGAAAGUGAGAAACACAGGCCGUGUGUGUGUGUGUGUUUCUCCGUGCGUUCGCCCCAGCUCCUCGCCAGGAAACUGACAGAACAAGCUCCUGCACAGGAACCAGCCCCAAUAACACUGAGCAGACGGGAAGCAAAUAUCGACCUUGGUCAUUUAUUCAAAACCCGUGUUACACCAGCGGGCGUCGGUCUGAUUUCUGCGAGCGGGGGGUUGUUAGUAGUGAUGGAAGAGAGACGACACUAACUUUAAAUUCUGACGAGACCGUGAGGAGUAUUCAUCCCGGCCAGGCUAAAUCUGGAGAAGACUGUCAGGGCUGGGGGGAAAAAUCGUUCAAACCGAAAUUAUAGAAACAUUUCACCCCAUCGUUUCCGUUAUUUCCGCUCCGGGCGCCGCAGGUGGCAAAGGAGAGGAACGCGGAGUAAAACUUGACAGGGAGGAAAAACACAACAUUUCGUCCGCCACCGUCACUUCCAGCUUUAAACUUGUUUAGCGAUUGUUGCUGUUUCUGCUGAGCGCUAAUUCAGCUCUUGAAUGAUGCUCAGUUUCUGUCAGGAAAGACUGCGCUAGCAGGGCGCUCGCCAGUUUCAGUUUUGACGCACAAGACCCACGCCUUUGUCUUACACUGACUUGCGGAAAUGUGUUUUUUUUUAAUACCAGCACAUGAAAAUUAAAUUGUAGCCCAGGACACAGCAGGAGAGGGGCGGAAAGACGACAAAAAGAAUAGUUACUUUAGAACUUGGUUCGGAAUAUAAAUUGUUUUUGGACUGGGGUGGGGGGAGAGACGCUCAACACGAGUACAGUACUUACAGGGAGUCAUCUGUCACUUGUGCGGCGUGUGAGCGCGUUUUAACAAGAUGCUACCGCUGAUAAUGACAGGCUUUACUCGCCGGAAAGAGAGACUUUAAACCGCGCUCGUUCGCUUUAUCAGUCCCUGGGUAUAUAUUCUAUUAGGGUUACAGGCGACGUUUUUCACCAUGUUGAUCAAAAGGAUGUUACUCGCUCUCUCGGGGACGUCUCUGACGCUUUUCCUCGUCGUGCUUGUGGACCUGCAAUUGCGCACGGAGGAGCGACUGAAGCCGGGCACCGCUGGGGGUCUCGGCGGCUCCGGCCCCAGACAGCGCCCGUCGGCGGAGCUCCCCCGCCCCGAGAGCCACCCGGCGCGGCCGCUGGCCGGGAACUCGGUCCGCUCCGCCCAGCGCCCGGACACCGCCGCCGCCGCCGCGAUGAACCGGAGCCUGGCGGACCUGGAGAGGCAGAUCGAGGACAGGAGGCGCCGCUUGUCCGAGCGCGCCGGGCAGCGGCGCACCCCGACUCCGGCCCCCUCGGGCGCCUUGCGGCUGCAGGACGUCUUCAUCGCCGUGAAGACCACCGAGAAGUUUCACAGCACGCGCCUGGCGUUGCUCCUGGAAACCUGGAUCUCGAGGACCAGGGAACACACAUACAUCUUCACAGACAAAGGGAGUGAAGACGAAAGCUUGAGAGGUUAUAAUGCGGUGAUCACCAACUGCUCCUCGGAACACAGUCGCCAGGCCCUGUCUUGCAAGAUGACGGCGGAGUACGACGCCUUCAUGUCCUCCGACAAAAAGUGGUUCUGUCACGUGGACGACGACAACUACGUCAACCCCUCCGCGCUCCUGGCCGUCCUGUCGGCCUUCCCGCGCGACAGCGAUGUCUACAUCGGCAAGCCCAGCCUGGACCGGCCGAUCAGGGCCUUCGAGCAGCUGGACGACAACAAGACGAGAGAGGUGCGUUUCUGGUUUGCGACCGGCGGGGCUGGGUUCUGCUUGAGCCGCAGACUGGCGGAGAAGAUGGCACCCUGGGCGAGCGGCCCCCGGUUCGAGCAGUCCUCGGCCGCGAUCCGGCUGCCCGACGACUGCACCGUGGGCUUCAUCGUGGAGCGGAAGCUGGGGGUCCCCCUGGUCCACAGCCCCCUCUUCCACUCGCACCUGGAGAACCUCCUGCUCAUCACCCCACAGCAGAUACCCUGGCAGGUGACUCUCAGCUAUGGGAUCUUUGAGAACAAGCUGAACAGCGUGGAGCUGAAGGGAGUCUUUUCAAAAGACACCGACCCUUCCAGGUUCAAGACAAUCCACUGUCUGCUGUUUCCCAGCACCCACUGGUGUCCCCGACAGUAUGCACUUUGACCCUGGUGCUCCUGGACGACAGCGUACCAAUCCUGGGGUCCCUAGUGCCCGGUGAAAGACGAGAGCCCUGGCUGGAAGGAGACUCGGACCAGGAACACUGUUCCCAGUAAAACAGGACAUGAGCUCUUUGGGAACGCAGUCCGUUCUGCGGCUUCCAAGCAUGCGCACAGAGGCGGGCCCUGGCGGCUCAAAGGUGACGUCUCCCACAGCUUCCUGCGCUGCUUCCGGUUUGCCAGACAUUCCGUUCAAUAAAGAUCGCGUUAAUCUUCA